GUUGUGACUGAAGAGUAGGUCAGUGACAGCCAGGGAAGUGUGAAGCAGGGCUGCCAGGCUACUGUGACCGAGGUACAAUGACAGCCAGGAGGACUGUGACCCAGGGGUGGCUGCUGGUGAGGGGGUCUGCGACCCCGGAGCAGUAAAUGCCAGGGACUCUGACCUCGGAGAGCACGAGGCAGAGGCUGCGACGGGACCAUGACCGAUUAAAAGAAGAUGGAUGCACAGUGUUCAGCUAAAGUCAAUUCGAGGAAGAGGAGGAAAGAUGCACCCGGCCCUAAUGGAGCAACAGAGGAGGAUGGCAUUCCUUCAAAAGUGCGGAACUGCUCAGUCGGCUUACGGCAGCCAGCUCCCUUUUCUGAUGAAAUUGAAGUUGACUUUAGUAAGCCCUAUGUCAGGGUAACUAUGGAAGAAGCCUGCAGAGGAACUCCUUGUGAGCGGCCUGUGAGAGUUUAUGCGGAUGGAAUAUUUGACUUAUUUCACUCUGGUCAUGCCCGGGCUCUGAUGCAAGCAAAGAACCUUUUCCCUAAUACAUAUCUCAUUGUGGGAGUCUGCAGUGAUGAGCUGACCCACAACUUCAAGGGCUUCACGGUGAUGAACGAGAACGAGCGCUAUGACGCGGUGCAACACUGUCGCUAUGUGGAUGAGGUGGUGAGGAACGCCCCCUGGACGCUGACGCCCGAGUUCCUGGCAGAGCACCGGAUUGAUUUCGUAGCCCAUGACGAUAUCCCCUAUUCUUCUGCGGGGAGUGAUGACGUGUAUAAGCACAUCAAGGAAGCAGGCAUGUUUGCUCCGACACAGAGGACAGAAGGUAUCUCCACAUCAGAUAUCAUCACCCGCAUUGUCCGUGACUACGAUGUAUAUGCAAGAAGGAACCUCCAGAGGGGCUAUACCGCCAAGGAGCUCAAUGUCAGCUUCAUCAACGAGAAGAAAUACCACUUGCAAGAACGGGUUGAUAAAGUCAAGAAGAAAGUGAAAGAUGUGGAAGAAAAAUCAAAAGAAUUUGUGCAGAAGGUGGAAGAAAAGAGCAUUGACCUCAUCCAGAAGUGGGAGGAGAAAUCCCGAGAAUUCAUCGGCAGUUUCCUGGAAAUGUUUGGUCCAGAAGGGGCGCUGAAACACAUGCUGAAGGAGGGGAAAGGCCGGAUGCUGCAGGCCAUCAGUCCCAAGCAGAGUCCCAGCAGCAGCCCUACUCACGAACGCUCCCCAUCCCCCUCCUUCCGAUGGCCCUUCUCUGGCAAGACUUCCCCAUCCUCCUCCCCAGCAAGUCUGUCUAGGCGCAAGGCUGUGACCUGUGACAUCAGCGAGGAUGAAGAGGACUAACGUCCCAUCCCUGUCCCCUCUCCCUCCCCCUGCCUGUCACCUCCAGAAGCUCUCGGUGGAAUUCCCUUCUGUGAUCCCAACACUAAACCCAAGGACAUCUACAAAGAAAAGACGAGGGGCAGGAGGACCCUGGCAUGGGGACGCAGACCGCCCAUCCAUGCCCCGCGACCUCCGCCAGCCACACCCAGGAGGCUGAGCACAUCUUAGAAGCCUGCUCGCAUCCAUCCUCCCUCCCAGAGCUUUGCUUUACUGUUUAUGUCAUGUAAUCUUGACAGGGCAAUUGUCAUUUUUAUUAAUUUUUUAAAAAUUAGUCUUUCAAAUAUA